UCAUUUCCGUUGCCGUUGAGUUCGGCAUUGCCUGAAUGAACGAAGACGAUGGUAGCGAAGAGCGACUACGAGAUUCUCAGAAAUGCACGCGUCUUAGAGAAUCAGGCUCGAUUAGCCUCUCUGGGUCUUCACAAAACAAUCUCUGAGCUUCGAGACGCAACAACAUCUGCUAAAUCAAAAACUAAAAGAGCCUGGAAUAAAAAGUUUUAUGCAGCCGCUCCUUUACGUCGCUCUCAGAGAAUCAACACAACCGACCUCAAUGGAAACGGCAGCCACCUUCCACUGCGACGAUCUCAGCGUUUAAGAGGGAGUAAAACCGACCCUUCGUCCCCGAAAGAAGAGAAAUUAUAUGCAUCUGAAGAUGAGGAAGAUCGUCUUCCGAGUGAUUCAGAAGAGAAGAGGCCUGCAAAUGCACCGUUGAUUAAACUAAAGGGUGUACAACUUCAACUUUCUGCAGAAGCUUCGGCUGUGCGCUGCAAUAGCAAGGGUAGAGGCAGUGUGUACAACCCUGUAUUUGGCAUAUGCUGCCAUUUCUGCAGGCAAAAGAAAUUAUGUGGUGAAGAAGACUGCAAAAGAUGUGGCUAUUUUGAUGUAAAUGAGCCGUGCCUAGGAAAGACUGAUUGUUCUGCAUGCCACUCUAGUACCGGUGUUUUCUGCAGAGCAUGCCUCAAGGUUCGCUAUGGUGAAGAAUUGGAGGAAGUGAGAGAGAACAAACACUGGAUGUGCCCUCAUUGCAUAGAAGCUAAAGGAAUUAACCCUUACUGGAUAUGCAACAGCUCACUAUGCCUGAAGAAACGCAACAUAGCUCCAACUGGAAUUGCAAUAUUCAGAGCUCGCCAAAUGGGAUAUGAAUCAGUGGCGCAUUUUCUUAUGGAUGAACUCAAAAGAAAAGAUCCAAAAAGAUGCAAAACUUGAAGGAUACGCGUGUAAUGUGAGAUCAAGGUUUGAUAGGGAUUUUUAAUUGGCAACUAAUUCCUAAUGAUGGUGACUUUUUAUAUUA